GUUUGUACUUGGCUUUCGGAAUGACUGUUUAUAAAGUAGUGUUCUUCCUCCUUUUCCUUGGAUGGGCGGCAACGGCAACACCUGUCGAGACCAAUGGCCGAAUUGUGGGCGGACAGGAUCAGGUUAUUCGGAACGCUCCUUGGCAGGUGUCCAUCCAGAUCAGUGCGCGUCACGAAUGCGGUGGCGUUCUCUACAGCAAGGAGAUUGUCAUCACCGCCGCCCACUGUUUGCAUGAGAAAUCCGUGACUCUGAUGAAGGUGCGCGUUGGUGCGGAGCACCACAACUACGGGGGUACCUUGGUGCCCGUGGCGGCUUACAAAGUUCACGAGCAGUUCGAGACCCGCUUCCUGCAUUACGACAUUGCGGUGUUGCGUUUGUCCACACCCCUCACCUUUGGCUUCUCCAUCAGAGCCAUAAACCUUGCCAGAGAGAGUCCUGCAAGUGGAACGACUGCCACGGUCACGGGCUGGGGCUACACGGAGAUAGGAGCCCUUUCUGAUAGCCUCCAAACGGUUAAGCUGUCGAUCAUCGAUCGUGGAGAGUGCGCCUCGGAAAAAUAUGGAUACGGCUGGGAUUUUGUCGGCGAGGAAACCAUUUGUACCACCAACACCGUGAAUGGAGGCGGGGAUGCCUGUACCGGAGACUCAGGCGGUCCUCUGGUGGCCAAUCACCUGCUGGUGGGCAUUGUAUCCUGGGGUUACAAGUGCGCCGAUGUCAACUACCCCGGUGUCUAUGCCGAUGUGGCGGUGCUGCGGCCCUGGAUAGUUAAGGCCGCCAAUGCCAUAUAGAGCAAUUUGAGAGAAUAAAAGAAAAGCAUAUUUAAUUUUGAAAAUUAAAAAUAAAAGCAGAAUCAAAUUAUUUGGAAAUCGCCCCCAGGUGGAAUCGAACCACUUCGACGCUAAUCGACUACGGAUUUGAAGUCCGCACCCCGGACCACCGAAGCUCAGUGGGGCAAAAUACAAUACAAACGUUCUCCUAUUUAAAUGCACUCUCUGCUGAACAAAAACUUGGGAAUUAUAGGAGCACUCAACGAAAAGAUUUCGGUUUUCCCACAAGAUAUCAUAAGAUAACUUGUGUAAAAGGGAAAGAGCAUUUUAUCUAUCUUAAUGAUGGUACACUUCCACUA